AUGCCAGAUCGGCGCCGAGGGCGCGCGGGACCUGGUGGGGGCGCUGCCCUCCCUGCCCGGCCUGCAGGGGCUGGACUUGGGCGACAACGGCAUCGGCGCCGAGGGCGCGCGAGACCUGGCGGGGGCGCUGCUGUCCCUGCCCGUGCCUGCAGGGGCUGGACCCAGGCGGCAACAGCAUCGGCGCCGAGGGCGCGCGGGCCCUGGCAGGGGCGCUGCCCUCCCUGCCCGGCCUGCAGGGGCUGGACCUGGGCCUGGGCGGCAACAGCAUCGGCAGGGACGGAGAGGCGGCGCUGCGGGCGGCCUGGGGCAGCCGGGGCGCUGGUUUGCUUGUCUGAGCCGGGGAGUUGCGGGAGGGACCGGGGAGCAGCCUGGGCGCCUGGGCAGCCGGGGCGCCUGCCCAAGGAGGCCAGCCAGUCCUCUGGGGAGGGUGUUGACAUGGGCCGCUGGUUCCGUGACAUUGAUGGCGAGGCACAGGCGCUGCUGGCGAGGGAUGAGCGCCGCCAUGACAUGGACGGGGCCGGUCGCAGGAGGAGCGUGUUCCAGGGGGAGUGGGACACUGCGGAGACGAUGAAUGCAUCGGAGCGACCUGAGUGGAAGCUUGAAGAUAGCUUCGAACGGGAGUUUGACAAGCUGGUGACCAGGGCCUCUGUGCCAGCAGAGACCCUUGCGAGCUUCAAGGCUCUGGGACUCAGGGCUCGGAGCGACAUGACGGUCAAUCACAGAGCUAUAUGCCACCAGCUGAGCAGUGCGAGCUUCUCCGAGCUCCUCGCCGAGAGCACCGAACUCUUCACGUUUGCCUGUGUCCUCAGUCCUUGCCUACGCGUUGUAGGCUCGUAUAUUGCACGUCGGUCGGCGAAUCAUUCCAGUGUAUUGGUUUGUUUAUUCCUCCGCCCUCUGCUCCCGCCUCUCCCGCGCCAGCGCCUCCUGUUCAGCCAGGAGGAAGGGGCCAUAACGGUCCCGCGGCAGAACAGCCCGCCGACUCCGCAGUCACAUCUCUGA